AAGCUCUCCGCCCUUUUCCCUCCCUCUCUCUUCCAACAUCGCCGAACAGGACAGACAGAAGUCAAAACAUACAAAAAAGCAUAUAGAGCAGCUUGAUGGAAGAAGGCCAGAAAUGAGAGACAGAGCAUCUGCUGUAUUAAAGAAAACCCAUUUCCUUCCCUUCAUUCAAUUCUCCUCCUAUAUAUAAUGCCCCUAAUUAUCCCUCACCCCCAUUCUCAAACCAGAGGGCAAACAAAGCUCGCUGAAUCCUCCUCUGCUAAUCGGAUGAGCCGUAACGCAGGGAAGAGAGCGAAGGAGGAGCUGAGAUUGAACUUAACGAGAGGAGGAACGUCGAGAAUGGCGGGGAGGGAUGAGCGUUCGCCGAAGCGGUCGUCUACUUCGUCUUCUUCCCCGCCGAGCUCCUGCGUAUCGUCGGAGAAUGAGCAGAAACAGGGGGACAGCCCUGAAACCAAGUCUAUGGUGCUUGCCGGCUGCCCUCGUUGCCUCAUAUAUGUCAUGCUUUCGGAGGAGGAUCCCAAGUGCCCCAACUGCAAGAGCGCCGUUCUGCUUGACUUCCGCCAUGGAAAUAACUUGGGUAAGACCAGCAAGAGCUAGAUGAGCUAAUGCUGCCAUGUUUAGACUUAUGUUCUAUAAUCUAAACUUUGGAAUCAGCGUUUAGUUUUGGAUUACUUCAAUUUGCUAAGUUGUUUGCUAGUCUUUGCCACUUUAUUUAAGAAUCAUUAUGAUGUUUCACUUUCUGGCGUGAGUGAUGGUUAAGAAAAUGUAAGCUGAUUUAAUAUAUGGGAAAAUGAAUUUUGUCAUCUUCUGAAGCUGUAUGAUCUGUUCUGUAAUCACAGUUAAAGAACUUGCGAAGGUGAUGUGAU